AUGAAAUCUCCGGAAUAUCACGGAACCGGCCGUUUCCGUGCCGGAUUGUUCGAUCUGGGUAUGCUACAUAAGCACCAUGGUGAGCCGGUUCGUAUCGCAUUUUUCAAUACAGUUUCAGUGCAAAAAGCUUUUCUUGAUAUUCUACAUCUCAAUUCGAUUAAACUCAAGAAUACGGAUCAAUCAGUAAAAGGUAUCUUUAAAACGUUUUUUCAAACAUUAGUUGAUAACGAUUUAUUAAAGAUAACAAAUAAUAUUGAACAAACAAAAGCACAAGCAAUGAUCGGUGUCUAUCCAUUAAUUGAAGAAUUAUUUAAUAACAACAUAGAUUUACAUAAGUUUUUAAAAAAAGUGCUAGGAUUAUUAAAUAUCGAUGAAAAUGUGAAAUUUAAUCUUAAUACUAUAUUUGAAAGAAUAAUUAUGGGGAUAGAAUUGAUAAAAGAUCAUGAACAAGGUAUUUCCGGUGUACCACAUUUUCGUAUUAACGAUAAAAUUGAAUUGAGUGGAGCUCAAGAUCCACAACAAUUUAUUCAAGCUUUUAGAAAAGCUGGUGUUAACGUUUAA